GUUUCGUUUCGCUUCGCAACGUUCGGCUCACUCACUCACAUUCGGACAGGCUGACUCGCUGACUCAAGAUCUGGAUCCUCCGAAUAGUUAACUUAUCUACUGACUGGUUAUAAGCGGAAGAUCACACCAUGGGAUUCCCCGCAUUGAUUCGCUACCUGCUUCUCAUAAAAGGGGACAUCGCGCCGAGAGAUCGCACACGCCAGGACGCCCCUACUACCCAAGCAGCCGAAUCCAAGUCUCUACAAGGACAGCAGAUCGAAAAUGGCAGCAGUCAAAACGGCAGUGGUCACCCAGACCGAGAUCCUGGACAGCCCGUACAACAAGCCAACCACGCUCCCCCCACCUCCGCCUCGGGAUCCUAUCCUGGGAUCGCAUAAGGAUGGGAGUGUAGAGGAUAGUGCAAGCAGACCGGCGUUUCGGCUGGAGGAGCAUCCCAUUGAUCAAGUGCGACCGAUUAAAGUCGGUGUUAUUGGAGGCGGGUUGUCCGGGAUUACGGCGGGGAUACUCCUGCCUGCAAAACUGCCGGGCUUGGAUUUACGGAUUUAUGAUAAGAAUGCGGAUCUUGGCGGGACGUGGUAUGAGAAUACGUACCCCGGGGUGCGAUGUGAUAUCCCAGCACAUGUGUACCAGUCGAACUUUGAGCCGAAUACCCGCUGGACGGAGGAGUUUGCGCAGGGCCAUGAGAUCCGGGAUUACUGGCAGGGGGUUGCGAGGAAGUAUGAUGUGUAUAAGUAUGUGCGGGCACAGCAGCAGGUGGAGCGCACCGAGUGGUUUGCGGAGAAGGGGAAGUGGAGGGUUACUCUGCGAGAUUUGAAGGAGAAUAGGGUAUACGAAGAGGAGCUGGACGUCGUGCUUAACGCCAUCGGCCACUUCAAUGCGUGGAAAUUGCCGGACUACCCCGGUAUCAAGGACUUCAAGGGCCCGCUAUUCCACUCGUCUAACUGGAACCACGACGUCGACCUGAAAGGAAAACGCAUCGCCUUGAUUGGAAAUGGUGCAUCAGGGCUCCAGGUCCUCCCAUCCAUCCAACCGAUCGCCGCACACGUCGACCACUACGCACGCAACCGUACCUGGAUCGCCGACUCCUUUGGGACAGUCGGCGUGCGCCGUCUCGAACCGAACCUGAUUCCAAAAGAACAUAUCGAGUCCUUUGACGACCCAGAUACGUACCUUGCGUACCGCAAGUCCGUGGAGGACGGCUACUUCUCCCGCUUCGGGGCUAUAUUCAAGGACUCGCCUAUCAAUGCUAACCUGCGCGAGCAAUGGAGCCAGCUCAUGCUGGCCCGUAUAAAGGAUCACCCUGAGCUCGCAGAUAAAAUCAUCCCGGACUUCCCUCCGAACUGUCGCAGACCUACUCCCGGCCCGGGAUACCUGGAAGCCCUGACGAAGGAGAACGUGAGCUACAUACAAACUCACAUAAGCCACUUUACACCCACAGGCAUCGUCACGAAAGACGGGAUAGAGCGUCCUGUGGAUAUCGUCAUCUGCUCCACCGGCGCAAACGUCGAUCACUGCCCGCCCUUCUCGAUCCUGGCGAACGGGCUCGACCUGAAGACAGCCUGGAAGCACGACGGGCACUUCGGGUUCCCGUAUAACUAUCUAGGCGUUGGAGUACCGGGAUUCCCGAACUACCUCUGGAUCGGAGGCCCCAAUGCGCUCGGGCACGGCGGGAGCGUGCCAAACGGCGUCGAGAACCAGGUUACGUAUAUCGCGAAGGUGCUAAGGAAGUUCCGCUCGCAGGGGAUCAAAUCGUUUGUUCCCUCCAAGGCAGCGACAGAUGACUUUCUGGAAUACUCGGAUCAGUUUUUCCCGCGGACGGUGUGGACGGAUGACUGUUCGUCGUGGUAUAAUGGUGGCAGGCCGGGGGCUAGAAUCCAUGGGCUGUUUCCGGGGAGUGCGGCGAUGCUGAACUAUAUUCGGCGGGAUCCGAGGUGGGAGGACUUUGAGUUUACGCAUUUCAAUCCGAGUGGGAAUCGGUUUGCGUAUUUUGGGAAUGGGUGGACGAGUAGAGAGACGCAGGAGGGAGCUGAUCUCACGCCGCAUCUGAGGAGGCCGCAGGAUAUUGAUUUGAGGACUUAUAUGGAGACGUGGGUGGAUGUUUAGAUGGUCUCUUUAUUCUAUCGAUUUAGC